AUUCCAUUCGUUCAAUCAGUCUGCUCGCGACCGCCGCAGAAGGAGGUAUUGUCGGUUUCGUUUCCUACAAAACGCGUUUCGGUGUGAUUUGUGUUUUGUUUUGUGGUGCACGAUGGCUUACAACGGUAGUGGUGGCAAGAGACUGUGUACAGGGACCGACCUGGACGUGGAAAGGAGUAAUGGCAACAACUACAUGGCUGGCGAGCCGCGGCGUAAGCGCGAGCCGCCCGCCCGGCCGAACCACAUUCUGCUGUACACCAUCAUCAACCCUGCCUAUCCCAUCACUGUGGACGUCAUUCACACAAUCAGCACACCACACGGUCAAGUACAGAGAAUCGUAGUGUUCAAGAAAAACGGAGUACAAGCCAUGGUUGAAUUUGAAAGUGUGGAAUCUGCAACGAGAGCUAAAGAAGCACUUCACGGCUGUGACAUAUAUUCCGGAUGUUGCACACUCAAAAUCGAGUUCGCUAAGCCUGAAAGAUUGAACGUGUUCAAAAAUGACCAGGACAGUUGGGAUUACACACUAUCGGAGGAUGUGCCGCCAGUACAGAGAAGUGCUCCCCUGCUGCAGUCCCCACAAUACACCGGUGGAAGGCCACAACCUUACAAUGCUUCAGCCUCAUCACAGCCGACCAGAGCCUGUUCCGAAGACUCCUGCAGUCAGCAUAGCCAACAUUCGUGUGAACAGUCGCAAAACGAUAUGGACUACGGCAGUGGAGGACCUCCUCCUCCGGGCAUGAUGAAGGACAGACACGGGCCGCCACCUCCACAUCAUCCGCGCGAGCGUGGCUAUGGACCGGAAGGCUACGGCGGUGAGGGAUUCGUGCCACCACCGCCCAUGCAUCACCCAUCCAUGCCACCACAGAAUCAGGGCGGGCCCCCGCAGCAAGGCGCCGUGAUGAUGGUAUACGGGCUCGACCCUCAGACGGUGAACGCUGACCGACUGUUCAACCUCUGCUGUCUCUACGGCAACGUUGUAAGAAUAAAAUUUCUGAAAACGAAAGAAGGCACAGCGAUGGUCCAGAUGGGCGACGCAGUGUCUGUGGAGAGAUGUGUUCAGAACCUUAACAACGUCACUGUCGGCGACUACACGUUAACGUUGGCUUUCUCAAAACAAGCGUACCUGUCCGAGGUGAUGAACCCGUACCCACUCCCGGACAAGAGUCCGUCGUUCAAAGAUUACGUCGGAAACAAGAACAAUAGGUUCCUGACCCCUGCCUCUAUACAUAAGAACAGAAUACAGCCGCCUUCUAAGGUGCUGCAUUUCUUCAACACGCCGCCCGAUGUAUCGGACGAGCAACUUCUGCAGGUGUUCAAAGACUACGGCGUCACCCCACCACACACUAUCUCCAAGUUCCCGCUGAAAAGUGAAAGGUCGUCGUCAGGACUGAUGGAGUUCCAGAAUAUCUCGCAGAGUGUGAUGGCGAUAAUGGCCUGCAACCAUGCAACUAUUCAGCAUCCAGGUGCAAAAUUCCCGUUUGUAAUGAAACUCUGCUUUUCGUCGUCGCGACAAAUUGGCCAAGGGAAGGGCCAAAAUCCUAAUAAGAGUCAAAAUCAAAAUCAAGAUCAAAAUAACCAGAGACAAGGUCAAAACAACGGCUUGGCAGAACAUGAAUACUACUAACGGCGUGAGGGGGCCGACACACACACACAUAUCAAGACGGACGGCACACACACACACAGGCACACCACUACGAGUGCGGGGGGGAGACAUGGGGUUGUCGCUAUAAAAUAAAACUAGAAAAAUUCACCCGCUUUCACCACAUCCCUCAUUCGAAAAAGUUACCACAGAAAUCGAAAAGCGGGCGAAUUUUUCGAGGCGGCAACAUUUUUGAAUAAUUCCUUAUUUUUACAAUUUGUGAUUUAGAUCACUCUUAUAAAGACAUUAACAGUUAGUUUUUUUAAUAUAAUUUUAGACACAGUAACAUGUUUUUUUUUUCAUAUUAUUACACAUUUAUACAUUUCCAUUUUUCUUUGUUUUCUUUGUUUUUGUUUAGUGCGGAGCGAUGCUCUGUUGAAUGCGUCUGCAUUUUGUUUGUGGACUUAGCAGUUUAGGUAUCGAUUAAGUAAUAUUCCCAUUUAAUUUGAUUAAUUAGCUUUUAGUUACUUUUUAUUUGUCUAGUGCUGUUUUCAUCCCAAUUGAUACAUUGACGUAAACUGACGGGCUUGAAGACAGCACUGUUUCCUGUUUUAGUGAGGAUUUUUUAGUAAAAAAAUGAUAUUAGUUGUGAGUAAUGUUGAAAGUACUUAGUUUUCUUUGUUGUUCCCUUUACUCGUGCGCAGUGCCGGGCAGCGAGUCCGCGCGCACUUGUAUCUAGAAACUCGGUUGUUUUGUAAAACAUGACAGUUGUGAAAUGUACAAGAAAUAAAGAAACUGAGCUAUAUUAUAGAAAA